AUGGCCUUGCUAUGGGUCGCGCGCUUCGUUCAACGCCACAACUAUUGCUGGAUGAUGAAAAAGACGAUGGGUAUGAAUCGUCAGAAGGCAGAGAAUAAGGAUAUUGUAUUAGAAUGGUAUAAUCCGCUUCAGGAGGUUAUCACAGAUGAAGGGAUUGUACCUGAUGACAUUCGGAACAUGGAUGAGACAGGAUUCCGGAUCGGCAUCGGCAAAAGCGCAGCUAUCGUCAUUACGAGGCGUACAAAGAGUCAUUAUUUCGGCAUCCCUCAAAACCGCGAGUCGGCAACAGCUAUUAAAGCUAUCUCGGCAGCUGGCGAGGCUAUCCCUGCGUUCCUGAUACUAUCCGCGGUAUCACAUUCGGCGCGUUGGUACGACCCAAUCAACAACUUGAAGCCUAAUACGAGGGUUGCAAUUGCCGAUACAGGAUACUCGAAUGAUCAGAUAUCGUACGGAUGGCUUCAACACUACGAGGAACAUUCGCGAUGCCUUCAGGUCGGCGCCAAACGCCUCCUACUUCUCGACGGGCACGGAUCUCAUCAUACACGAGAGUUCAUCAAAUUCUGUGAUGAUCACGGCAUCAUUCCAUUCGGCCUGCCCCCGAAUCUAACGCAUCUGCUCCAGCCUCUUUGA